AUGGCAAAAUUCUCCGCGAUGUUCAUCAGCUAUUUCCAGAUAUGCUUCUCCUGGAAGUGGAUACCUCACACCUUCUAUAACGCCGUGCUGGAGCCAGUUUUCUGGAGUCCUGAGAACAUGAACGCCCGCCACUGCGCGCUGAUGAUAAAAAUGCGUAAUGAUACCGUGAGCGCGGGUCGGCAUGACGUCGCAUCCGAGAGCUUACCACAACAUUACCAUAUAUUGCCUAACGCAUCAGAGAAUAUAACAGCUCCCGCACAUCAGCAAACAAUCACACAAACAGAAGACGCGGGAAAAUAUCGAAAAAGUGAGGUUAUGGAGAAAAAGCAAAAAGUUGAACAUGGAACGAUGCUGUUUUAUGGUCGUUAUGUUGACUAGAGAUGGUGCAACAGUUCACCCCGUGUUCAUCCCGUUCAACGUUAGGCUACGUAAGGAACUGUGCCGUUAUAGUCCGG